AUGACGGACACAGAGGAACGACCAAAGCUCAUAGUGGGUAAUGACUUCGGGACAACUUUCAGCGGCGUUGCCUGGGGAUUGAAAGACUGUCCUGAUGAUAUUGAACUCAUUCAGACAUGGCCAGGUGGUGGUAACAUCACAAGCCAGAAAGUCCCAACCUUAUGCUCCUACGAUGACGAGCGCAUGAAAUGGGGUCAUCAGACUGACCAGUCGAGCCAACCGGGCACGCAGAAUCGGCUCAUCCAAGGAGUCAAGCUUUUGCUAGAUGAAAGUCAGAAAUUCCGCUACUCACCUGCUAUUGAAUCACAAAGUAUUAUCAAGGACCUCGAAAAAACGCCAGUGAAGGUUGCUGGUGACUACUUGGAAAAAUUGGUCGUCCAUGCCCAGGAGGUUUUGACACGUCGCUUUGGAACUGCGCUGAAAGCCAUGGACUUGGAGUAUAUUCUCACUGUCCCCGCUGUGUGGUCCGACAAAGGUAAGGAUCUUACUAAGCAGGCAGCACACCAAGCUGGUAUAUCUCCUGAGUGCUUGAGACUCUUGUCUGAGCCGGAGGCGGCGGCUGUCUGCGCCAUUCGGACAAUUCAACCAAAUUCAAUCACGAAAGACGACUGUUUGGUUGUUUGUGAUGCUGGAGGUGGAACGGUCGACAUCAUUACCUAUCGCGUCAAGCAAACUGACCCGCUAAGAGUUGAGGAAGCCACGAAGGGAACUGGUGCUGUGUGUGGCUCAGUGAUGUUGGAUGAGAGGUUCGACGCACUUAUCAAAGACAUCAUUGAGGAGCAGUCGCAUCAACCAAUUCCCCAGUCAACUGUGAGGGCUGCAAGAAAGUACUGGCAAGAUUAUAUCAAGCCAGGCUAUACGGGUCCUCUCGAUGACGAUGAUGAUGACAUGUGUGAGCCAGGAUAUUGGAUCCCAGUUCCCGGGGUUUCAGGGAUCUCAAACAUCGAGCUUAGUGAGGGACACUUGUAUCUCGACAGUAAUCAAGUGAAAGAGAUCUUCGAUCCGAUCAUCAAACAGGUUGAGAGUCUCGUCGCCGAACAGAGAAGGAGCGUCAAAGCAACUGGUCAUACGACUAAGGCUAUUAUUCUGGUUGGUGGCCUUGGUGCCUCGGGGUAUCUCUUCAAGCGUUUGCAGGCUGCUUCUGAUGGCAUCCAAGUCAUGCAGCCCCCAAACGCGUGGUCUGCUGUUGCUCGUGGUGCCGUUAUCCGUGGACAAGAAGGCAACCAAGUCGAGAGUCGCAUUGCCAGAGGCAACUAUAGCGUUGAGAUGAAAGUCCAUUUUGAUCCCAAGAAGCAUCGCGCAGAUGAAAACCUCAUAUGGUGUCCGUAUGAAGAGGAAUGGUUUAUGAGUAAACGUAUGCAAUGGUAUAUCUUUAAAGGAAAACGCGUGUCCGAGGUAUUUCACGAGAAGUUGCGCUUUUGCCAGAAGACUACAGCUCCCGAAGUAACUGAUUCCAGUGUCACGGUGCUGUGUGAGCUGGAGGCAGAUCUGAGUAAAAUCCCGAAAGGGCUCUUUACGAAGAAAAUCAACUCCGCCAGGCAAACCUUUUACCACAUCAACUUUGAAUUGGUUCUAACGCCAACUUCCGCAUCGUUUCUUUUCGACCUUCAUUUCAAUGGUGUCUCCUAUGGGAGUGUGAAGUCUCGCUACUGA